AUGCCUGAGUCUGUUCAUAUCUAUCUAUCUAUCUAUCUAUCUAUCUAUCUAUCUAUCUAUCUAUCGAUUGAUCGCUCGAUCGAUCUAAGUCUUGUGAUUCUAUCUAUCUAUCUAUCUAUCUAUCUAUCUAUCUAUGUAUAUUUGUUCAUAUAUCAGUCUGAUUAUAUCUAUCUAUCUAUCUAUCUAUCUAUCUAUCUAUCUAUCUAUCUAUCUAUCUAUCUAUCUAUCCCAUCUGAUUAUAUCUAUCUAUCUAUCUAUCUAUCUAUCUAUCUAUCUAUCUAUCUAUCUAUCUAUCUAUAUAUUCUGAUUAUAUCUAUCUAUCUAUCUAUACAUAUUUGUUCAUAUAUCAUCCGAUUAUAUCUAUCUAUCUAUCUAUCUAUCUAUCUAUCUAUCUAUCUAUGUAGCUAUCUAUCCUAUCUCAUUAUAUCUAUCUAUAUUUGUUCAUAUAUCAGUCUAAUUAUAUCUAUCUAUCUAUAUAUCUAUCUAUCUAUUCAUGCCAAUUAUGAUUAUAUCUAUCUAUCUAUCUAUCUAUCUAUCUAUCUAUCUAUCUAUCUAUCUAUCUAUCUAUCUAUCCGAAUCUCUUCAUAUCUAUCUCGGUCUGAUAAUAUCUACGUCACUCCAUUGAACUAUAUAAACGUAUGUCUAUGGAACUAUAUCUAUCUAUCAUUACUUAUAAAUACAUCUGUUCAUACCGAUACCGCUAAAUAUAAUAAUUUCUAA